UGAAGUCGACGUACCUAAUGUGUAAUGUGUUACUGUUUGUCAGUAGGUUAAGUUUUCAUCGUAACUGACACAAAUACUUCGCGUAUACUAACUGAAUCGCCUUUAUGUGAAAAAAGAAGAUGAUGUCCAGCAACCGGGCACAGAAUAUGGCUUGUGAGCAGCAAGCAAAAUUCAUUCAAGAAAGAAUAUCGACAGUUGAAAAACACUUUGCAGACCUCUGUGCAGUGUUUGCAGAAUACACCAGAAAAAAUGCUAGUGUGCGGAAUAAAAAUGAUGAUCUAGCGCAGUCACUACAGAAUUAUGCACAGUCUGAAAAUGUCAACAAAUCCAUGAAAAAUGGUCUACUGGAGUUUUCACAGACGUUAUCAUUUGUAAGUGAUUACAGAGAUGCAAAGGUCAAACGCCUGGAAAAGAAAGUAGUUGAAGAACUGUCGGCAUAUGAUGGAAUAUGCAAACAUGCAAAAGAAACUGUGAAGAAUUCACUUUCUGUCAGAGAUCGAGAACUAGCAAGAAGAAAACAAUUAGAUCGUGUAAGGGAGAGAAAUCCACACAAUAGACAACAGAUUAGCAUAGCCGAGUCAGAGUUGCUAAAAGCAACAGCUGACCUUUCUCGCACAGUCAGAUCUCUUGAAGAACAGACUGACAUGUUUGAGAAGAAAAAGCUACAUGAUAUUAAGUCUAUCAUUUUAAAUUACAUUAUAAUUGAACUAAGCUUUCAUGCAAAAGCUGUAGAAUUAUUUACAAAAGCGUAUCAACAGGUUUCUGAAGUGGAUGAGGAGGAAGACAUGGAGAACUUUCAGCAGUUGAGAGGAAACUUUGAUGGGGAUUUUCGCAAUGCACUUCAGAUUCCCGAUUCAGUAGCACGACUGGAAACAGUGAAAAGAAUGUCAUUUAAAAAUUCUUCAUUUUCUUUGUCGAAUCUGUUUGCUACACCUCAUUCAACACAUGGAGGACUUCAGUCAACUGGAUCAUCUGCAAGGGAAUCUUCUGGAAGUUUGAAGGAACUGUCUCAAGUAGAAGAUUUUGCAACUGGGGAUUCAUCAUCAGUAGCAUCGGAAGAAUAUGAGAAAUAUUCAAGAAAUAGGUCUAAGUAAUCUGUUAUAUUUCUUGAAAAAUAAAUACAUUGAAUUUCUCAGUGAGUACAGUUA